CGUGCACGUGAUCGUAGAAUCGUUCUCUUUUUCAACGCCACAGGUUUCUCUUGGUCGUGAUGUCCCCAAACAAUUUCGCAAGAUAUCUAUGAUUUUGCGGGGCGGUUUUUGUUUCCUUUUGUUCAAACAAAAGAAUAUCAUUCCGCCAGAGAAGCUGUAGGAGAUUGUGGCGUUGCGAUAAUUCUCUCCCCCACUUGAGGUGAAAUACUAACUCAUUACUCGCAGAGAUUAGUACGACGGCCGGUUCCACUGAGUGGAGACGUUUUAGUAGUAGCGUUUUUUUUUCUUCAGUUGAUACAUUGGAUCAUUGCGAAGUGGACGCGUUACGAGAAGAUCUUACUGAAUUUUUCGAAAAUCAUGGAAAAGGCUCGGUUUCGCCACGUGUUGGACCUCUCCAAGGAGGAAAAGCGCGCCUUUCUGGACUCGUUCGACAUGGUCAUGUCGGAUUGUGACGGUGUCGUGUGGAACUUCACCGGACCGAUUCCGGGCGUGGAUCGGGCGCUGCAGCUGCUGAAAGCCAGAGGAAAACGGCUGGCGUUUAUUUCCAACAACGGAAUGAGAACCAUGGACGAGUACAGGCAAAAGUUCCACGAGCUCGGCGUUGAUGAACAGGACCAGGACAUCGUCCAUCCGGCGCUGACCACGGUCAAGUACCUGAAGUCGGUCGGAAUGCAGGAUGCGGUUUACUGUAUUGCCACCGAGGUGUUCAAGGACUACUUGCGGCACGCGGGAUUCCAAGUGUUGGACGGGCCAUACGACCGCCUCCCAGAUGACCGCGUCGCCAACCCGGUCCGGAUCUUCACCGAGUACUUCCAACCGUCCGAGCCCAAGGUCGGUGCCGUCCUCGUCGACCUGGACGUGAACGUUUCGUUGGCCCACCUCAUGAAGGCCAAGUGCUACCUGGAGCGCAGCCCGGACUGUCUGCUGCUGGCCGGUGCCACCGACUACAUCGUGCCGCUGGGCACCCGGAUGGACAUCAUCGGCUCGGGCUACUUCAUCGAGGUGCUGGAAAGGGCCACCGGACGGAAGGCACUGGUGCUGGGCAAACCGGGCCAGGCGCUGGCGGAGUUCAUUAUCGAACAGUUCCACGUGACGCACCCCGAGCGGACACUGUUCAUCGGCGAUAUGUUACCUCAGGAUAUGGGGUUCGGCACGCGGUGUGGCUUCCAGAAGCUGCUAAUGCUGAGCGGGGGCACCACCAAGGAAAUGCUGUUCGGCCACGGAAUGGAGCACGAACUGCCCCACUACUACGCGGACAGUUUUGCGGACUUUGUGCAGCUGUACAAGGACGUGGAAGAUUGAGCUUGGUGUUUAGAAUCGAACAAAUCAAACAAAAUACAAACUAGAUGAAAUUUGACACAAACCUUAAUAGAUUAGUUGAUUAAAUAAAUUAAAAUGCGGUGUGAUAAAAAGAACCACUUCAAAAAAGAAACGCUAACAAAGCUGUAUGAAUGUUUCUGAUAAUUGUUAGAGAAUAAAAGAAUAAAAUAUAAGCUAUAAUUAGAGCUUGGAUCAAUUA